GAAUUUACUAAUUUAGUUGUGUGCGUGAAUUGACAGUGGAAGAUCGCGCGAUGGACGCAUUAAAAACAAUUAAAAAAACAUAUAUUCGUAUUCAAUAUUAUAGUGAAACAGUGUAAUAUGUGUUAUUGUUUAUUGUUUUAAUAUUUUGUUUUUAAUUUCACAAUUGUAUUUUGUGUAUUUGAGUGUUUGUUUAUUGAAGUAUUUUAAUUGACCUCGCCUUGAACUUUAUGCGGAUUUAAAACUGAUAAUGUUUUUGCUUUUGCUUCUUUUUGUUUAUGGCACAUCCCCAAUUACGUCAUCGACGGUGAUUAAUCAAGUAAACAAAUGCAGCUCGAAUGAAUUCUCAUGUGGAGAUGGCAGUUGUAUCAAGCUUAGCAGCUUAUGUGAUGGCAGACAGGACUGCUGGGAUGAUAGUGAUGAAGCUGCCUGCAGCGGUGUCUCGAAUGACGCUGGGUCUGAUAUUCUGAGCAGAGCGAAGAGACAAUCGGCUUGUCAGAAGAAUCAAUGGCAAUGCCGGGAUGGUACGUGCAUCGGCUUCGACGGUAAAUGCGACGGUGUGCUCGACUGCCCGGACGGUAGCGACGAGACGCAUCCGCUCUGUAGGAAGAGUCUAUGCCAGAGCAAUUGGUUUAAAUGUACAUACGGCGCGUGUGUGGACGGGACGGCUCCCUGUAACGGGGUAAAGGAAUGCGCAGAUAACUCUGAUGAGCUGCUACCCCGCUGCAGGAACACCACCGACAGCGUCAAAGGCAAGUUCAAAUGUGAGAACGGCGACAUGGUAUCCUCUGAGAGCUUGUGCGACGGUAUACCUGACUGCAGUGACGGUUCAGACGAGACGGUACGAGCCUGCGCGGGGAACACUUGCCACUCUUACCUCUUCCAGUGCGCAUACGGCGCAUGCGUCGACCAGGGCUCGGAUUGUAACAACAAACAAGAAUGCGCAGAUGGAUCCGACGAGUCAGACGAGUUGUGUAAUAGGAUUGGAGUUGUUAAACCAACAACACCACCCAUCAACAACAAUAACAACAAUAACAACAACAAUGACAACGUGACGCCCGGUGCACCAAGACCAGGAUAUUGUCUUCUACCAGAAUACCCUGAGAACGGUCGUUGGGUGGCACCAAAUGAGAAGUCUGCCACUCCUGGGAAGUCAUUCAAGCAGAUCUACCUUCUGUAUUCUUGUGAUACGGGCUAUGAGUUACUAGGAGACGCUGACGUCACAUGUCUCGAUGGACUAUACAUACAGGAAAUACCUAAAUGUGCACGCCUCUGUCACUUGAACCGGCACUUCAGUAUAGAUUACUACUGCUACUCUUCGAACGGCAUCGACGGCAAACGACCCUGCAAAGACUAUGAACCCCAAGGAACCAUCGCACGACCUCAGUGCAAACCAAACUAUUAUUACUACUACAACGGCGACCCUCAAUCCAUGACCUGCAGUGGAGGAGGAUGGAGCGACUACCCCAUAUGCUCACCAGAAUGCGGGCGUGUGACUCCACAAGGCGACACCCUGGCCAUUGGCGGUCAGAACGCGGUGCGCGGCGAGCUGCCGUGGCACGCUGGCAUAUAUAAGAAAACCACCACGCCCUACAUGCAGAUCUGUGGCGGGUCCAUCGUGAGACCGAACGUUGUUAUAUCAGCGGCGCAUUGCUUCUGGAACGACGCAACUGGGAAGCUACCAGCACGAAAUUAUGCAGUGGCUGUAGGCAAGUUGUACCGCUCUUGGAACGAUAAAGGCGAUAAGAGUCCGCAGAAAGCUGACGUAACUUCCAUCGAAAUCCCGGAGACGUAUCAAGGUAUAACGGCGAGUUUUGCUCAAGACAUCGCGGUUCUAAAGCUGAGUCUCUCGUUCUCCUAUGAACCUCAUAUUGCACCAGUAUGCCUCGACUUUGAUGAGAGCUUCGACAAUAGAGAACUAAACAGAAAAGAUGCGAAAGGGAAGGUGGCCGGCUGGGGUCUAAUCUCCGAGGAUGGAGACGCGUCUCCAACUCUUCAGGUUGUGGAACUGCCCAUAAUACCGUACGGCGACUGCAACAUAUUAGCACCGGAAGACUUUCGAAGAUACCUGACUUAUGACAAAAUCUGCGCUGGUUAUAUAGAUAAAGCCACGGCCGUGUGUCACGGGGAUAGCGGCGGGGGGCUGGUGCUGCGGGCACUCGAGCGCUCCAUCGAUCGGUACUACCUGCGCGGCGUGGUGUCCAUCUCGCCCAGCGCGGGUGACCACGGCUGCAACUCCAGGACGCUCUCCACCUUCACCAGAAUACUGAGCCAUUCUAGUUUCAUUAAGAGAUUUAUUUGAUAUUUAUAUAUAGUAAGAA